CAGUACGCAGCAAAAAUGAAACCAACGGAUUAAACAGGUCAAAAUUGAAAGUGAAAGAACUUUCGAUAAGUUCGGCACGACGCUUAAAGCAUCCGAUUUGCAAAUUGAAUUGCCCGCUGUUGAGAGUGACGUCACAAGGAACGGAAGCACUGAUCUCUUGUGUAGAAAGAAACUAACAUGGCGCCUUUACCGUACGAACCUGCUGGUGCAAUGUGUUAAAAGAAUUUCGUGCGAAGAGCUUGCAAAUCGCAAUAUAAAGAGAACUACACCGGGACGAGGAUACCAAUUCGAAAUUUUACAACGGGCGCUUAAAUUGUGAGUGAUGCUAAUCGUAAAAGAUUAAAAUGCCAGUCGUACCAGGAGGAGUGUACCAACAAGGUCCUUCGUGUUUCGAGAGGAUGAAAAUGGGUUUCAUGAUUGGAUUUUGUGUCGGCAUGGCCUCUGGUGCUAUAUUUGGGGGAUUUUCUGCGCUUAGAUACGGAUUAAGAGGGAGAGAAUUGAUAAACAAUGUUGGGAAAGUGAUGCUUCAAGGUGGUGGAACGUUUGGUACAUUUAUGGCCAUUGGGACUGGAAUACGGUGUUAGUACUAGAAGACUGUUAUGUUCAAAAUUUAGGAUACAAAGGAUUGUAAUGCGAGUGCAUUUUGUUGAUUUCUUAAUAAAAUAUUUCUAAGGAGUACAGACAUACCUUCCAUUGCAACUACAGUGGUGUCAUCCAUAGGAUUUGUUUUUCCUGGAAUGUUCAACCCAAAACUUAAGUGGCGUAUCUUGUGGGUCAUGUUGAAUUGUGUCAUCUUGUACGGUCGAACAUCGUGCACUUUGAACGAU